CAGAUACCUUUUCUGUCAACACUCUAAUUGUCAAGGUUCACCAAAACUUAAAGCCAAACACAAGUCAAACCGUAUCCUCAUGUCAUUCUGCAGGCGUUCGAUUUCUCGGCUCAGUACCCACAAAAUUGUUUUACAGUCACACCGUGUAUCUCUUUUGUCUUCUCGGCCAAUUACUGCUUCCAAACGGAUAUGUCCUGAAUCCAGGUUUUCGGGUUUUCAUGGAAUAUCGAGGCGUUGGGCAACCUCUACUACUCCGCAUUCUACUGCGACCGAUCCAGCCGAAGUUGAGGCUUCCCGUUGUCUCGAACAGGGAACUCAGAAACUUGAAGAGGGCGAUCUUGAGGCUGCAAAGAAUCUGUAUAAGCGGAGUGCCGACAUCAAACGAAAUGCCAGCUCCCUUUUCAAUUUGGGUGUUACGCAUUAUCAUCUCAAGGAGUUUGAUGAAGCCAUUGCCGUAUGGAAAGAAUCCAUAGCCCUUCAGCCAGCCAGUCCGGAUACCCAUACCAACUUGGCUAGUGCAUAUAUUAUUUCUCCAGUUCCUCGCCCAGACCUUGCAUUACACCAUUUACAUAUUGCAUCCUCGCUCUCACCGGAAGACCCUGAAAUUGCAUUCAAUCUCGCGGCGGUUCUCGAAGCUACUGGGCAACUUGAAGCGGCCCUUGAACAAUAUCAGCGUAGUAAAGACUUCGGAGUUGAGCGUGCGGCAAUGCAUAUCCGUAAUGUCAGUGCAAAAAUACUUGGCCAACGCCUGAAAGCCGCUGAGGACUCGGAAAAACCUGAGCCUUGAAUGACAGAUUCCCUGCCUUUCACGCGGGCGUUGUUUUCGUGGCAACCCAAGAGAGUUUCGCGGACUAGCGGUCGACGAGAAAGGCAUGGUCUGCGCAUACAUAUCGUCUUCCAUUGUCCGCUUAUAGUCACAAGAGGAAGCCACUAAGCCACAGGCCGAGA